AUGGGGUGUUGUUUGUUGAUCAAUGGUUUGAUCUUGUUGAUUGCCAUGAGUAGUCAGAAUGGAUUAUUAGCCAUGAUGGAUGAUGAAUUAAUCAGUAUAAAUUCCUCAGCUAAUUAUGACUAUGCAGAUGCUCUUGGCAAAGCCAUCUUGUUUUUUGAAGGACAACGCUCAGGGAAGUUGCCUAAAGACCAAAGAGUGAAGUGGAGGGGAGAUUCUGCACUCUCUGAUGGCAAGCCUCAAAAUGUGAAUUUGGUUGGAGGAUACUACGACGCUGGUGAUAAUGUGAAGUUUGGAUGGCCGAUGUCAUUUACUGUAAGCUUAUUGAGUUGGGCUGCUAUUGAAUACGAAAGUGAGAUUUCUUCGGCGAAACAACUUGAUUACCUUCACAGUGCUAUUCGCUGGGGCGCAGAUUUCAUAAUACAAGCUCACACUUCUCCAACCACGCUCUUUACACAGGUAGGAGAUGGAAAUGCAGAUCAUAAUUGUUGGGAGCGUCCAGAAGACAUGGAUACACCGAGAACAGCAUACAAGAUUGAUGCUAAUUCCCCUGGAACUGAGGCUGCAGCUGAGGCUGCUGCUGCUCUUUCUGCUGCUUCAAUUGUCUUUAAGAAAACAGAUGCCAAUUAUUCAUCCAAGCUAUUAAGCCAGUCAAAAUCUCUAUUUGAUUUUGCUGAUAAGUAUAGAGGCACUUACUCUACUUCUUGUCCAUUUUACUGCUCAUACUCUGGUUACCAGGAUGAACUGUUAUGGGCUGCUUCUUGGCUACACAAGGCCAGUGGAGAAAGCAAGUACAUACAAUACAUCAUAAACAACCAAGGUUGGAGUCAAGCAGUGUCUGAGUUCAGCUGGGACAACAAAUUUGUUGGAGCUCAAACAUUAUUAACACAGGAGUUCUAUGGCGGAAAGAAGGACUUAGCCAAAAUUCAAAGUGACGGUGAAUCAUUUAUAUGCGCAUUGAUGCCAGGAAGUAGCUCUCAACAGAUCAAAACAACACCUGGUGGGCUUCUAUAUAUUAGAGAUAGUAGUAAUUUGCAAUAUACCACUACCUCAACUAUGGUGCUAUUCAUUUUCUCCAAAAUCUUAAACAAUAAUCAUAUUGAUGGAAUCCACUGUGGCUCUGCCAAAUUCUCUCCCUCAGAGAUUAGAGCCUUUGCAAAAUCACAGGUGGACUACAUACUAGGAAACAAUCCUAUGAAGAUGUCAUACAUGGUGGGAUAUGGGAGUAAAUAUCCAAAGCAACCACAUCACAGAGGUUCUUCCAUUCCUUCGAUCAAAGCUCACCCGGCUAAAGUGGGUUGCAAUGAUGGCCAAUCAAACUAUUUCUCUUCCUCUGAUCCAAAUCCUAAUACUCAUGUUGGUGCUAUUGUUGGAGGACCAAAUUCUAAUGACCAAUACAAUGAUGCAAGAUCUGAUUACUCUCAUGCAGAACCUACCACAUAUAUGAAUGCUGCUUUUGUAGGUUCUGUUGCAGCUAUGGUUGCUGAAACUAAAACUGAGACUCUGCAAUUUUCCUAA